AUGGAGAUGCUUCCGGUAAAAGGGUGUGUGGAAAUUACAUCCAUUGAUUUCUUCAAUCCUACUAAGAAAACCGUCGAUCUUCAUGCGGGUAUCAAAUUCGGCCCUGAUGUUGACCUCGGCUGGACUAGUUCCACGACGGUGUCUCUGCAUUACGGCUCGCUCUUGGUUGGAGAGGUAAAAUUCAACGAUACCUAUAUCAAACCUAACGAAUCCAAUGAAACAACCUUGACGCUCACAAAAUUCGAGAUUUGGAAAAAUUCGACUAAAGUCGAGCUUCUCUUCAGUCAAGCUUAUUUCAUACUUGAACAAAAUGGCUGUACCUUGGCUAAAUUAGGGGGUGUCCUUAACAUCACGUCGUGGGAAGAGAGGAAGGAAGUUGGUGUGGAAGGGUCCAUUCCUUCAGAUACUACGCUUAAUGGCAAGGCAAUUUUGAAAGGAGUUGGUGUGGAGGAUGAGGAUAGACAUUCCUGGUAUAUCCAUGCCAUUCGGCUAUUCGAAAUGGAAGUUGAUUUGGACGCAAUCAUCUAUGGCGAGCGUUAUUCGCCAAGGGAAUGA